AUGACGAAUGGUAUCGAGCUUCUUACUACCAGUGGGGUUUCCUAUGUACCUUCAUCCUCAUCUGAUUCUGCCCCUACUUCUGACACUGCUUUUCACCCCGAUGAUUAUACUCACCCUUGCCAUCCCCUGUAUGUUCAUCCCUCUGACGUGUUGGGUUCCUCCUUGGUUCCUGUUCCUUUUGAUGGAACUAGUUAUGGAUUAAACAGUUAUGGAAUGAAAUUGGGUCCAUUUCCCCUAACCACCUAUCUUAUUGCACUUGUGGGGGGAAGUAAGAAGGGUGAGGAUGAACAAAAGGUGUACCAAUUUUUGAUGGGUCUCAAUGACACCUAUGUUCAAAGGAACAUCUCUAGAACCUCUCAGUUUUCAUCAGGAUCUGUGUCUUUCAAUGCUGGGGCAUCUACUUCACACUCAUAUCAUGGUUCUACUUCAAGCCCAUAUCAUGGUCCCUCUAAACAGAAUUUUCAUUCAAAAGUUGCUUUCGAACCCCAGAAAUCAUCCUUGGAAUGUAAGUAUUGCAGAAAUCCUGGCCAUAGUAUUAAGAAGUGCUAUAGGCUUCAUGGUUUUCCUCCAAAUUUCAAAUUCACCAAAAACACUGGUCCAAGGAAAACAACUGCUCAUGUUGAAUUUGAUUCCAAUCAUGCUGGGCACUCAAAUUUUGACAACUCUGGUGGUCCUCAUGGUGAAUCUGAACAUUCUUAUGUCCUUCCUGGCCUUACCAAGGACCAACACUCCCAGCUGAUGUCAUUGCUGCAACAGUCCCACAUUCGUGCUUCCCCUCCUGCUUCCAAUCUUUUGGCUUCUGCAAACUUUGCUGGUAAGUUGUCACCUGAUAGUAAUGUCAGGACUUGUUUGCUUACUAAGAUAGAAAACACUAUAUGGAUCAUAUAUUCUGGAGUUUCUGAUCAUAUGACCUCUGAAUUUUCCCUACGUUUCAACUUACAAACUCUACCUAUUCCUUAUCUAGUGUCCCUUCCCAAUGGAUACAAAGUUAAAGUAACUAAUAUUGGUUCCCUAAACUUGUUUCCUGAUUUUGUUCUCCACAAUGGCCCUUCUCGUAAGAAGCCAGUGGUGCUUGGUAGAUCUGACAGUGGACUAUACAAGCUUUCUCAUCACCCAACUGUUUUUACUUGUGAUUUUCCUGUCCUUGCUGCUUUUCCUGUUGUUUCUUCUGAUUGUAGUAGUUCUACCGUUGCUGAUUGUAAUAGUUCUGCCAUUGUUGCUGUUUGCCCCUCCAUUUCUUUUGUUCCUAGUGUUCAUGCAAUUGUAUCUGCUGAUCCUUCUCAUACUGUUGUUCCUGCCAAUGUGAAUAUGAAUAAAGUUAAAGUUGUUUGGCACUAUAGACUUAGCCAUCUGCCUUUUUCCAAAAUGAAAUCACUUACUAAUGUUGGUUCCAAAUUAUCCCAUAAACAGUCAUUUGAUUGUCCUAUUUGCCCUUUAGCCAAACAAUCUAGAUUACCAUUUUCAGACAGUUCUAUUAAAAGGUAUCAUCCAUCAGACUUCCUGUCCAUAUACCCCUCAGCAGAAUGGGAUGGUGGAAAGGAAGCACAGGAACUUGCUAGACACUGCCAGGGCCCUACUCUUCCAAUCUCAUCUCCCCAUCAGAUUUUGGGGGAUGUGUUAUUCCAUGAGCAUAUUUUCCCUUUCCUCACUUCCUCUACUGGAUCCUCAACUAGUUGUUCUUUUCCUUCUCCUUAUUUUGAUGACACUGUUCCUCCAAUGACCUGUCCUGGUUUUCGCUCUUCUCAUGUUUCCUCUCCUACUCCAUCCUCUCCCUCUUUCUCUUUGUCUCAUGUGCCAGCCACACCCUCGUCUCCCACUCUUACACAUAUUCCUUCCCCUAUUCCUUCUAUACCUGCUCCUUUCCUAGCUUCACUUGUGAACCUCACACUUCAGUAUCUAGUAAGCAGCUUGUUCUUGAGCCUUUUUGUUUACUCUCAAGCUGCAUCUGUCCCUGUGUGGCAAGAUGCCAUGCGAAAUGAGUUUGAGGCUUUGAAGGCUAAUUUGACUUGGGACAUAGUUGAGUUAUCCAGUGGUAAGAAACCCAUUGGGUGCAAAUGGGUGUACAAAGUGAAAUAUAGAGCUGAUGGGAGCAUUGAGAGGUAUAAGGCUAGGUUAGUGGUCAGAGGGGAUACUCAAGUAGAGGGGAUUGACUUUUAUGAGACUUUUUCCCCUGUAGUAAAAAUGUCUACAAUCAAAACUCUUGUUGUUGUUGCUGUUAAACAGAAUUGGUAUUUUUUUCAAUUGGAUGUAAAUAAUGCUUUCUUGCAUGGGGAUUUGGAUGAAAAGUCUAUAUGA